AUGGAUCGUAUUUGGCAAAAGGCAUACGAUAAGGCACGCAAGCUUGUUGAGAAAAUGUCUAUUACAGAAAAGGUUAACUUAACUACGGGAACAGGUUGGGGUUCCGGUCCUUGUAUCGGAAAUACUGGAUCUGUUCCAAGACUUGGUAUUCCAGAAUUGUGUCUCCAAGACGGGCCCAAUGGUGUCAGAUUUACUGAUUUCGUUACCCAUUUUCCUUCAGGACUUGCUGUUGGGAGUACUUUCAACAAAGGUUUGACUUAUUUAAGAGGUAAAGCAUUGGGUAGAGAGCACAGUAAGAAAGGGGUUCAUAUAAUGCUUGGCCCCACGGUUGGUCCAAUUGGUCUUAAAGCAGCAGGGGGAAGAAAUUGGGAAGGGUUUGGUACCGAUCCUUACCUUCAAGGGGUCCUUGGUGCUGCAACUGUUGAAGGAAUACAAGAUGAAGGAGUAAUUUCCUGUGUCAGACAUUUGGUUGGUAAUGAGCAAGAACACUUUCGUCAAGUUGGUGAGUGGGACGACGAGGGUUGGGAUAAAUUGCGCAGGUCUUUAAGCGCAAACAUCGGCGAUAGGGCUAUGCAUGAGGUAUACCUUUGGCCAUUUGCCGAUACAAUUAGAGCAGGUGCUGGUAGUAUAAUGUGUGCGUACAAUCAGUUGAACAAUACCUAUGCAUGCGAGAAUUCAUACUUACUCAAUUAUUUAUUGAAGGAAGAACUAGGGUUUCAAGGUUUUGUUGUAUCUGAUUGGGGUGCUCAACACACUGGAGUAUAUUCCGCUUUGGCAGGUCUUGAUAUGACUAUGCCUGGAGAGUUGUUUGACGACUGGCUAUCUGGAAAAUCACUCUGGGGGCCACUAUUAACAAGAGCCGUAUAUAACCAAACUAUCCCACAACUGAGAUUGAACGAUAUGGCAAUUCGUAUCCUAGCACCUUUUUUAGCGGUCGAGGCAUGUUUUCUCCCAACUGAUGAUGAUCUUCCAAAUUUCAGUUCUUGGACUCAUCACACAUUCGGACAACAAUACCCUUACCAACACUAUGGUCCAAUAAAGCAACAGAACUGGCAUGUGGAUGCUCGCUCAAAAUUUAGUGAUGAUAUUGCAUUAAAUAUUGCAAGAGAAGCAAUCGUAUUACUUAAAAAUGAUGGGCACAAUUUACCAAUUGCAAAAGCUGAUGGGAUCAGAAGGAUUCUAGUAGCUGGUGCAGGGGCUGGACCUGACCCUAAAGGUUUUAAAUGUAAAGAUCAAAGAUGUGUUGAAGGCACUUUGACUUCUGGUUGGGGCUCAGCAGCUGUAACAAAUCCAUAUGUGGUAACUCCUUUCGAAGCGAUAGCUGAGAAAGCACGAGAGCAAGGUAUGGUAGUUGACUACACGUCGGACGUGUGGGAAUUUGAAAAUGUUGAUGAACUCUCAGACUAUGCAGACAUGGCUAUCGUAGUUGUUGGUGCGAGCUCAGGAGAGGGAUAUAUCGAAGUGGAUGGUAAUUUUGGAGAUCGAAAUAACUUAUCCCUUUGGAACAAUGGAGACGAACUUAUUUGCCAUAUAGCAGAAGGGUGCCGUAAAACUGUGGUGGUGGUGAAUUCUGUUGGUCCAGUGAAUAUAGAAAAAUGGAUAGAGAUGGAUAAUGUCGUUGCAGUUUUGUACGCUGCCCCCUUAGGACAGUUUGCAGGACAAGCAAUAGCUGAUGUAUUAUUUGGAGAUGCAAACCCUUCUGGGAAAUUACCAUUCACGCUUGCAAGGAAGAAGCUGCACUACGUACCUAUUAUAACAGAUAUUUCAGAAAGAGAUGAUCCACAAGACAACUUUGAUCGUGAUAUAUACUUGGAUUAUAGAUUUUUUGACAAACAUAAUAUUCGACCCAGAUAUGAAUUUGGGUAUGGGCUAUCAUACACUAAUUUUGUUCUUUGUGAUUUGAAAAUUGUUGAAGUCUGCCCGCCUUCAGAAUAUUUACCAUACCCAGAGGAAUAUCUUCCAGUUUAUAAUACAUGCGAGGAUGACGUAUGCGACCCUGAAGAUGCAUUAUUCCCACAUGAAGAUUUUGCUCCUGUUCCAGGCUUUAUUUAUCCUUACUUAUACAAUGACAACAUUCGGUCGCUAGAAGAAGAUGAGUGUUUCGAAUACCCGAAGGGGUAUAACCCAGACCAACCAGCUAGUCCGCCCUUAGCAGGAGGUGGUCUAGGUGGUAAUCCAGCUUUGUGGGAUGUACUUUACGAGGUUAGUGCAGAGGUGAAGAACGAUGGUAAGUACAAAGGAGGCUAUGUUGCACAACUUUACAUAGAGUUGCCUAGCACGUUGCUUCCAUCUCCGCCAAAAAUUUUACGGGGAUUUGACAAAGUCUUCUUAGAGCCAGGAGAAAGUAAGAGAGUGACUUUUGAAAUCUUACACCGGGACUUGUGUAUUUGGGAUACACUUUCACAGCAGUGGAUCAUCCAAACUGGUACGUAUACCUUGUACGUAUCGAGUUCCAGUAGAAAGGUUGAACUCUCAGGUGAGAUUGAUAUUGGAUGUUAA